AUGGGGUUUCAAACUGAAGUAAAUGGCACAGCAUAUCCUGGUGAACUGUUGGCUAUUAUGGGCGCUAGUGGAGCAGGAAAAACAACCCUGCUAAAUGCAUUGAUGUUCCGAUCUCCUUCGAAUGUUUCUGUAAGUGGCCAGCGAGCUGUCAAUGGUUUCCCUGUUACAAGCAAUGCUCUAACAGCUUUGUCAGCAUAUGUCCAACAGGAUGAUCUCUUCAUUGGUACAUUGACUGUUAAGGAACACUUAACAUUUCAGGCCUUAGUUCGAAUGGACAGAAACAUUCCAUAUGAACAGCGUAUGAGACGUGUCCAAGAAGUUAUCACAGAAUUAGCUCUCACAAAAUGUCAACAUACUAUAAUAGGAGUUCCUGGAAGAAUUAAAGGGAUUUCAGGUGGAGAAAUGAAACGUCUUUCUUUUGCAUCAGAAGUUCUUACAGAUCCGCCCCUAAUGUUUUGUGAUGAGCCGACAUCUGGAUUAGAUUCUUUCAUGGCUCAAAAUGUUGUGCUUGUACUAAAAAACAUGGCCCUAAAGGGUAAAACUGUUGUGUGUACUAUACAUCAACCAUCUUCUGAAGUAUUUGCUCUAUUUGACAAAAUUUUACUCAUGGCUGAAGGUCGUGUUGCAUAUCUUGGCACUCCAGAAGGUGCAUGUAACUUUUUUAAAGAAAUGGGUGCAUCUUGCCCUAGUAACUACAACCCAGCAGAUUUUUUUAUUCAAUUGUUAGCUGUAGUACCCACUCGAGAGGAAGCUUGUAAACAGACAAUUGAACUUGUCUGUGAUGCUUUCCAACGAUCAGAAGAAGGUUUACGCCUUGCUGCCGAAGUUGAAAAUGUAGCUGAUACACAGGUAAAAGCUGUAAUGGCUGGAGGUCUCUGGGGUGAAAAUCCUUGGCAAACAGCAGAUGCCAGUUGUUCACCAUACAAAGCUUCAUGGAUAGCUCAAUUCCGAGCUGUUUUUUGGAGGUCUUGGCUGAGUGUAUUAAAAGAACCUAUUCUCAUACGAGUACGAAUGCUGCAGACACUGGUACACAAUCAGUUGGUUGAUAUGUUUAAUGUCAGAAUUGAUGCUAAAGGUUUAUCCUUCCAGAUGGUAUCAUUAAUGAUUGGCAUAAUAUACUUUGGACAAGAACUCAACCAAGAUGGAGUCAUGAAUAUAAAUGGAGCUCUUUUCAUAUUUUUGACAAACAUGACAUUUCAGAAUGUUUUUGCUGUCAUCAGUGUUUUUUGUAGUGAACUACCUGUGUUUAUGCGAGAACAUUUCAAUGGCAUGUAUCGCACAGACAUAUACUUCAUUUGCAAGACAAUGGCAGAAAUACCUAUAUUCAUAGCAAUACCAGUUUUGUUUACAUCUAUUUCAUAUUACUUAGUAGGAUUCAAUCCUUCCGUAGAUCGAUUUUUUGUUGCAACUGCUAUAGUUAUGCUGGUGGCUAAUGUUGCAACAUCAUUUGGUUACCUGAUAUCUUGUGUCAGCACCAGCGUGACAAUGGCACUCUCUAUUGGUCCUCCUGUUGUUAUACCUUUCUUAUUAUUUGGAGGAUUUUUUCUGAACACUGGUUCUGUCCCAGAGUAUUUCACUUGGUUAAGUUAUUUAUCUUGGUUUCGGUAUGGCAAUGAGGCGUUACUUAUAAAUCAGUGGUCUGGUAUUGAUCAUAUUGAUUGCAUGGACUCAAACAGCACAUGUCCUCGAAAUGGUCAAGUAAUUCUAGAGACCUUGAGCUUCAGUGAGAAUGAUUUUACUAUGGAUAUCUGUAGCCUGUUUGGACUGAUAGCUGGAUUUAGAUUCUUGGCAUUCUUAGCUUUAUUAGUCAGAACUCUUCGCUCAGAUUGAUUCCUCAAAUUGUACUCUUUUGUAAAACAAUUUUCUAAUAUAUAAUAUAAAACAAUUGAUAUCUAAUGAUUUUCUGUAAUGAUGUCUUCAAAAUAUAACUGGGAUAAGAAAGCGGCAGUGAUCUCUACAGAGUGAACUGUGUGUGUGUGUUUUUUUCUUUUUUUCAUAGCAAAAAUACUACAAGAAAAUGAAUGCAACUUGAAAUCUUGAGUAAGU